AUGUCGGGGGUCGCGCGUAAUGCCAAUAACCUCCCUUGGAUCGAGAAAUACAGACCAGAUAGCCUAGACGACGUGUACGGACAAAGAGAUGUGGUCGAAACAGUGCGCAAGUUCGUUCAGGAAGGCCGCCUGCCCCACCUGCUAUUCUACGGCCCACCAGGCACCGGAAAGACAAGCACGAUAUGUGCUCUGGCAAAGGAGAUAUAUGGCAAGAAUUACCGGAACAUGGUGCUGGAACUCAACGCAUCGGACGACCGGGGCAUCGAUGUGGUCAGGAACCAGAUAAAGGAAUUCGCGUCCACCCGGCAGAUAUUCAGUAAGGGGUUCAAGCUGAUCAUCCUGGAUGAAGCCGACGCGAUGACUUCCGCAGCGCAGAACGCACUGCGGCGUAUCAUCGAGAAAUACACCAAGAAUACGCGCUUUUGCAUCCUGGCCAACUACGCGCACAAGCUAACGCCGGCGCUGCUCAGUCGCUGCACGCGCUUCCGUUUCCAGCCGCUGGCAGAGGCCGCCAUCGAGCGCCGUGUGCUGAGCAUCAUGGCGCACGAGCACCUGCAGCUCACAGAGGACGCGCGCGCCGCCCUCCUGCGGCUCGCCGCCGGCGACAUGCGCCGCGCGCUGAACGUCCUACAGGCCGCGAAGGCGACGCUCGACGACCCUGCCCAACCCGUCACCGAGGACGUCGUCUACGACUGCGUGGGCGCACCGCACCCCCGCGACAUCGAAACCGUCGUCGACAGCAUCCUGCGCGACGACUGGGCCACCGCGCUCGACACCGUGCGCCGCGUCCGCGUAGCCCGCGGUCUCGCCCUCGUGGACAUGAUCCAUGGUGCCGUCGAGCUGCUUACCUCCUACGACCUCAAGCAGCCAACCCGCAUCGCCCUGCUGACCCACCUCGCAGACAUCGAGUACGCGGUCUCCAAGGGCGGGAGCGAUAAGAUCCAGACCAGUGCUGCCAUCGCCGCCAUCAAGUCCAGCAUGGAGCUGCAGCUCCAAACCUAA